ACAACCAGUUGCAGUGUGAAGAGACCAUAGUCAUCUCCUUGGCUGUUGUCUCUGUGCUGGCUGUCAUCAUCUUUGCUGCCUUCUUCGGUUACCGCAUGAUGCACAGAGGUGGUAAACAGGGCCUUCAUAAUCUCAACAUGAUGGAGGGAGCUGGUUCUGAGAGCUCUCUGGACCUGGACAACCUCAAACAACUGGAGCUGAUAGGUCGAGGCCGGUACGGCUCGGUGUUCUGUGGUUCGUUGGACGAGCGACAAGUGGCUGUGAAGGUGUUCAGCUCAGCCAAUCGGCAGAACUUCCUGAACGAGUGUUCCAUUUAUUGUCUCCCCCUGCUGGAGCAUGACAACAUCGCACACUUCAUCGCUGCCGACGAACGGCUGGGGGCCGAGGGCCGAGUGGAGUACCUUCUGGUCAUGGAGUACUACCCCCACGGCUCUUUGUAUCGCUAUCUGGGCCUGCAGACAGGAGACUGGAUGAGUAGCUGUCGUCUGGCCCAUUCCAUCACCAGAGGCCUGGCCUACCUGCAUACUGAGCUGCUUAAAGGAGACUUCUACAAGCCAGCUGUGUCUCACAGAGAUCUGAACAGUCGGAACAUUCUGGUGAAGAACGACGGAACGUGUGUCAUCAUCGACUUUGGCCUCUCCAUGAAGUUGACGGGGAACCGGCCGGUACGACAGGGAGAGGAGGAGAACGCUGCCAUCAGUGAG